CCAACUACGAACCUGACGCAGCCUUCUUCUCCGCCGCGGCAACGCCGUUGACAUUUGAGCUCCCAUCCUCCUACCAUCUCCGCCGCAAAUUUCUCCAUUUUCAGUUCACUUUCUACAGGUUUGUUCCUGUCUUGACUUCAUCCUCCCCUUUUUCUCAUCUUUUCCCUCCACUUUCCAUCUUAACUUCCUUCCUCUAUUUCCUUUCCUCAUUCCACCAUUUUCGUCGGCGUCAGAGUGGCGCCGCGGGGUUCGUUGUGGCGUGGCCGCGGUGGUCUCUGUUAUUCCCGAUUAAACGCAUCCGUCUCGACAAAAGAUCACGUCGGUGGACUGUCACGGAAUAAAGCAUCACCUACGGUGACGCCGGGGUCGCUCCGUCGUUGCUAAAACGCACUCUCGAGCUCAGAAUUCUUAUGCUACAUUCUUUGCUCGCCGGUCGUGCGAAGUCUACCAUUUUCCGGUGAGAACUUUUCUGUAACGCGUUAUUUCCUGCAAAUUUGAGUCUUACCUUUCCUUUCCGUCAAUCUUUGUUGAGUUGGUCGGAAUUGAAGGUUGGGUCGAGAAAAGCAGUGAUGGCGCCACCAAUUCUUUCAUUGGCUCUGCCCUCGGAAACUGGUCGGGUUCUCAGCAUUCAAUCGCACACUGUUCAGGGAUAUGUUGGCAAUAAGUCGGCUGUGUUUCCUCUCCAGUUACUGGGCUAUGAUGUCGAUCCAAUCAAUUCAGUACAGUUCUCAAACCACACAGGAUACCCAACAUUCAGGGGUCAAGUUUUGAAUGGGCAGCAACUUUGGGAGUUAAUAGAAGGUCUUGAAGCUAAUGAUUUGUUAUACUAUACCCAUUUAUUGACAGGUUAUAUUGGUUCUGUUUCUUUUUUGAACACUGUGUUGGAAGUUGUAGAUAAGCUUCGCACCAUAAAUCCAAAUCUUACAUAUGUUUGUGAUCCAGUGAUGGGUGAUGAAGGAAAGCUUUAUGUUCCUGAAGAGUUGAUAUCAGUAUAUCGUGAGAAGGUUCUCCCAGUGGCUUCAAUGUUGACUCCUAAUCAGUUUGAAGCGGAACUGUUGACUGGGUUAAGAAUUUGUUCUGAAGAAGAUGGCCGGGAAGCCUGUAAGAUUCUUCAUGCCACAGGUCCUUCAAAGGUCGUCAUUACAAGCAUAAACAUUGAAGGUAGUCUUUUCCUCAUCGGUAGUCAUAAGAAGGAUAAGGAUAACUCUCCUGAGCAAUUCAAGAUUGUAAUACCCAAAAUUCCUGCAUAUUUUACGGGUACAGGAGAUCUAAUGACUGCACUUUUUCUUGGAUGGAGUAAUAAAUAUCCUGACAACCUUGACAGAGCAGCAGAGCUUGCAGUAUCAAGCUUGCAGGCACUUCUACAGCGGACACUGAAUGACUAUUUGAGAGCCGGCUAUGAUCCACAAUCAAGCAGCUUGGAGAUUCGGCUAAUUCAAAGCCAGGAUGACAUCCGCAAUCCACAAUUGAAAUUCAAAGCUGAAAAAUACAACUAAAUUGGCUAAUAAAACAUAAUAGUCAUGCACUUAUGUUUGUACUAUUUAAAUUUGUUCAUUGGUUGUUCCAUUUCCUUGUUUUGUUAUAGAAGUUUUUGUCAUGGUAUAAUGUCAAAAAAGAAAUGAAUAAACAGAAAGUCCGAGGGAAAAAUGGAUUCAUGGAACUUAAAGGAUCUUAAAUUUUAAUUAUAUAAGCAGAUAUUUCAAAAUUUAU